AUGACUCUAAAGGCCGCCUAUAUUCCUAGAAUCUGUAGAUAUGAGACCUUUGAAACUCAAAGGGCUCUCGUUGACAAUAUGGAGUCUACAAUGCACAACGAGACCAAGCUGCAGGCAGUCACUCCAAAAUUUCAAGCCCUGUUUACAUCGUCCACUUCUGCUAUUACGACAGUCCUCGGCUGUCUAUUCAUCUGGUGGCUUCUUUCCACCAGAAACAAAAAGUCCGUGCCAAACAUCUAUGGCAACUACAACUUUGAAGCUCCCAUCGUUGGAUACAAGAAUGCCAUCCUAGGUCGAUGGCAGUUCUACCGCAACGGUCCAGCCCUCAUCCGCGAGGGCUACGCCAAAUACCGCGAUACCUUCUUCAAGGUAUCUGGAAAUGACCUCCUCAUCGUUCCCAACAAGUACUUGGCUGAGCUGGCCAGCAUGCCUCCCGAGAUACUGAGUCUCAACACGGCCAUUGUCGAUGCCUUCCAGCGUCUGCACUCCAUCACGGCCGUGAUUGCCGACCACAGCCUGCAAACCCGCAUGAUUAUGACGAGGUUGACGCCUAAGCUCGGCGCCCACGUACCACUGGUCCAGGCCCAGUUCCGGAAGCAUCUGCCCCAGGAGCUGCCAGCGACGGCGGACAAGUGGACGAGCGUCAACGCACUCGCGCUCGCCCGGCGGAUGGUCCAUCGAGGCGUGGCGACACAAUUUGUCACCGAGCUGGCCGAGAAUGAAGAGUACCUGUCAACGGCUAUUCGCUACUCCGAGAACGGCUUCAUGCACAACUUCCUCCUCCGCGUCUUCCCGGACUGGACCAAGCCCACCGUGGCCUUUUUCCUGCCCACCAGCUGGGGCGUCGACGCGGCCCUCCGCAAGGCCAAGCGCCUCGUCAUCCCCCUGAUCCGCGAGCGACGCCGACGCGAGGCCGAGGACGUGGACUAUACCAAACCCGACGACUUUCUCCAGCACCUGAUGGACGGAGGCGUGGACAUCCAGGACGAUGUUGACACCACCGUGCAGCGGCUCAUGGUGACAUACCUGGGCUCUGGUCCUUCGACAAUCAUUGCGGUGGCGCAAGUUUUGUUCGACCUGUGCGCACACCCGGAGUACGUGGAGCCGCUCCGACAGGAGGCGAUCGAAGUCCUGCACAACGGGGGAUAUACCAGACAGGCUCUGGCAGAGAUGAAGAAAAUGGACAGUUUUAUGAGAGAAUCGCAACGCCUCAGCCCACCUACGCAGCUUGGAUUCAAUGCUGUUGUUCGCGAACCCGUUACUCUUCACGACGGAGUCGUCCUCCCCGAAGGCGCACACAUCCAGAUGGCGACUUAUGCAAUCGGCAUUGACCCUGAUCGAGUGCCCGAUCCUGAGAGAUUUGACGGCAUGCGGCAGUACAACAAUAGAAAGCAGUCUGGUCAAGGCAACUGGCACCAAUUCACCACCACGAGCGAGAACAAUCUGCAUUUCGGGCACGGCAAGAUUGUCUGCCCCGGUCGCUUCUUUGCUGAUCAUUCCAUCAAAAUGAUCAUCUCGAACAUUCUCAUCAAGUACCAUCUGCGCUUCGCUGGUGGGGCCACAGAGCGUCCUGCAAACACAAGCAUGUAUGAUGUUGUUAUCCCAGAUUUGAACACUUGUGUCGAGUUCAAGCUGCGCGAAGAUGCAUCUUAG